AUGUUCUCGAGGUUUGGAUUCUCAAUUGGGAAGCCAUUGCUUUGCGGUGUGUACAUAGACUGGAAUGUUAGCACGUGCUGUCGGGGAGAAGAAAUACUUGAAAAUAUGCCAUUUAAAUGCUGUGUAACUGGUUGUCGGGGAAAUUAUAAAGGUACUGAAAAGGUGCAUACAUUUUCCUUUCCCAAAAAUGAUGCUCUUAGAGAGAGGUGGCUAAGAAAUAUACCUAGGAAGGACUUCUCAGCAACUCCAUAUUCUCGGGUGUGCCAUAAACAUUUUCAACCUGAUGACCUCAUCUGGGAAACAUCAGCUUUCGAUGAAAAAAAUGGGAAAAUCAUUAAAGCUUCACUGCAGAGACCAAAACUAAAAGAAGGCGCUUUUCCUAGCAUAUUUGAUGGCUGUCCAUCGUAUUUUAUCUUCACAAGCUGGUAG